UUGUGCAGGGGAGCCCAAACUGGAUACACAUCCUGACCAGUGCAGAGUAGAGGGGAAGGAUCACUUCCCUUGGCCUACUGGCAGCUUUCUGCUUAGUGCAACCUAGGAGGCUGUUGGCCACCUUUGCCAUGAGGGCGUGAGGGCACGUUGCUGCCUCAUGUUCAAUUUGUCAUUUGCCAGGAAUUCCCAGAUCCUUUUCUGCAAAGCUGCUUCCCAGACACCUGACCCCGGUGUGUGCUGAUUUCUCACUAUGUGCAGGAGCUUGCAUUUGCCUUUACUGAACGUCAUGAGGUUUCUUUCUGGUCAUUUCUCCAACCGUGUCCAGGUCUCUCUGAAUGCUGGGACAACCACCUGGUGUAUCAGUCAUUCCUCUCAGUUUUGUACCAUCUGAGAACUUACUGAGGAGUCGUAUAUGGAGAUGAGGACAGAUGCACCACCUGUUCUGCUAUCACAUUUCAGCUUCCUCCUGUGGAAAUAAGGAAAAUUCAGAUCCAGACCUGGACUUUGUACCUAGUUGGACUUCUAAAUGCCAAGUAAAGCAAAGUAAAAAAAAGCAACACUUAAAAGCACAUGACAGGAAUAAAGAGGAACACAUCUAUCUGAAUGUGAAACACAGCCCUUCUUCCAAGAAACAGAUGAUGAGAAGACAAAGAACAGAGGAGAACAUCACAAACAAAGAUUUUCCUGGUUUAUGCACCAGCUGCCAUAUUACUGCAGUGAUUCUAGGGAUCCUCAUCUUGGUGUCGCUGGGAACAGCACUGGGUUUUAUUAUCAAGGGCUAUCCAUGCCCAAGCUGCCCUGAGCAGUGGGUCGCCUACAGAGGGAGCUGCUACUCCUUCUCCAAGCAGAAGAAGGACUGGAAUUCCAGCCGGCAGUCCUGCGGGGCACAGGGAGCUCAUCUCCUGGUCAUCAGUGAUACCAGCGAAAUGGACUUCUUCCAGAUGAUGCACACCGAAUCCUACUGGAUUGGUUUGCAGAAUAGCACUGGUUAUGACUGGGUCUGGGAAGAUGGCUCAAAACUAAAUGGCAAAAAUGUCCUGUUCAACAGCCCCGUGCAGAACUGUGGCGUUCUGCUGGAUGGUGCCAUUCGUGCUUCCAGCUGUGAAAUCCUUGCCCCGUGGAUCUGCGAGAAAUCUCUUCAGUGACCUCAGUGGACCUUGUGUGAGGAAG